AUGAUAGGUUUAAAGUCCUGGUCAGUUGCAUUUUUCUUCUAUUUCGUCGUGAUACUGACGCUAUUUUCGAUUCAUCGAAGCAGUACUAAAUUGCGUCAUUCUCGUUACUCUCACUGGCGCUCCAGUUCUCCUCCUGAUUUGCUUUUUCCAGUGCUCAGCAAGAGAGACGACACAAAGGAGCUAUUCCUGCGCAUUGAUCGUCUAGGCAUCAGUGGUAAAGAGCUCCUGCGGUUCUUUAAAGUUCAUCUCUUACGAAUUAUGGAUGUCGAUCACAGGCAGAGGGCGGCGAAGAAUACGGCAGGUGUCCUGGAGCCAAUGGAUGUUGCGGUAUCACAAUACUAUGACCUUUUCAAGCAAUAUCUGUACACCGACUACACGAACCAAGAUUUUAAUGACAACAAUCAUGGUAGUGGCGAUGUGGGCAGGGGCGAUAAAUGCGCACCUUACGAUUCCAUCGUGGCGAGAUUAACAAAGGGAGUAGAUCCAAGGCCGAUACAUUCACAUAAUGACUAUUGGAGAAAGAUCCCUCUUUUUGAAGCGUUGGCAUUUGGUGCUAGUAGUGUUGAAGCUGAUGUUUGGAUCGUUCCCGAGACACGGGAUGAAACCAACGAUAACAAUGAUGAAAACGGAGAAGAUGACGAUAGCGGGAUGAUGAAUCAGUUCGCACUGGCCGUAGGGCAUAAUGAAGACUAUUUGGAUCCAGUAAAUCAAAAUUUAGAUCAACUUUACACAAAACCAUUGAGAGAUAUGCUAGAUCAAGUUAACUGUCGAGGAACAAGUAAGAAAAAUGGUGUGUUCUUUAAUUCUCCAGAGACAACUUUACUGUUGUACAUUGAUUUUAAAUCCAUGGAUUCCGAAAUGACUUAUCAUUUAUUAAUGGAUAAAUAUCUGAAACCAUUGAUAGAUCAAGAAUACAUAUCCUUUUAUGACAUGGAAAUGGGAAAGUCGGAAGUAAUCAACAAUGGAAAUGGCGAUGAAGGUUAUUAUUAUUCAGGUAAACGUCACGUCUUCCUAGAUGCUGAUCUUUUAGAUUUAGAAUCAAUGAUUCCAAAUACUUCGAUAACAUCAUCAGCUUCCUUUGAUGAUAUUAUGAAGCAUUGUAGUAUUUCAAAAGCGAAAACAAUGUGGACAAACCAUUUAGUUCGUUCACACAUUAAUUGCAUAAGAUCUCUUAUAGAUGAAAAUCAUGAGAAAAAUUUGAAGACUAGAAUAUGGGGUGUACCAGCUUGA